CAAUUCUCUCACUCAACCUACCAGUCUUCCAACCCCCUUCUUCCAAUUUUCCAAUGGCUUCUUCUUCAACCAGCCUCUUAGCUUCUUCCUCUACAACCCAUCACUGGAAGUAUGAUGUCUUCCUUAGUUUCAGAGGUGAAGACACCCGCAAAAGCUUUACUGAUCAUCUUCACCAGGCGCUUUGCCGAAAAGGAAUCAAGACUUUCAUAGACGAUCAACUCAGGAGAGGUGAACAAAUAUCUCCAGCACUCCUGAAGGCAAUCGAAGAGUCAAGGUUUUCCAUCAUCAUUUUCUCCAAAAACUAUGCUUCUUCGAGUUGGUGUUUGGAUGAACUGGUAAAGAUUCUGAACUGCGUCAAAGUGAUGGGACAAAGGGCUCUACCAGUUUUUUACAAAGUGGAUCCCUCUCAUGUAAGAAAACAAACAGAGAGUUUUGCAGAAGCAUUUGCCAAGCAUGAACAAGUUUACAGGGCGAAUGUGGAGAAAGUGCUCAAGUGGAGAGAAGCUUUAACUGAAGCAGCCGGACUGUCUGGAUGGGAUUCAAGAGAUAGACAUGAAUCCAAGGUUAUUGAGGAAAUUGUUACCAAGAUCCUGAAUGAUUUGAUUGAUGCAUCCUCGAGCAACAUGGAGGCUUUAGUUGGAAUGGAUUCCCAUAUACAGGAUGUGUUUUCAUUAUUAUGCCUUGACUCAAUUGAUGUUCGGAUGGUAGGACUUUGGGGCAUGCCUGGCAUAGGUAAGACUACCAUUGCCGAAGUUGUUUGUGAGAGAAUUUGUAACCAAUUUGAAGGUUGUUGCUUUCUUUCAAAUGUUAGAGAAAAAUCGCAAAAAAAUGAUUCAAUUGAUUUACAAAUUGAACUCCUUUCACAAGUUUUAAGGGAAGGAAAUCUAAAUACAAAAAUUUUCAAUAGAGGAAUGAAUAUUAUAAAGGAUAGACUCCACUCCAUGAAGGCCCUUAUUAUUCUUGAUGAUGUGGAUCACCAACAACAAUUGGAGGAUUUAGCAGGAAAUCAUAAUUGGUUUGGUCCAGGAAGUCGAAUUAUCAUAACAAGUAGAGAUAAGCAAGUGCUUAAUCCUCAAGUGGAUGCAAUAUAUGAAGUUAGGGAAUUAAAGUAUGAUGAAGCUCGUAAGCUUUUUUGCCAGUAUGCAUUUAGACAAAAGUUCCCUACAGAAGAUUUUAUGACCCUAUGUGGUGAUGCAUUAUAUUAUACUAAAGGGGUUCCCUUAGCCCUUAAAGUUUUGGGUUCUUUUCUAUAUGAAAAAAGCGUUCCCGAAUGGAAGAGCGAAUUGGAUAAACUAAAACAAUUCCCCAACAAGAAAGUUCAGAAUGUGCUCAAAACAAGUUUUGACGGAUUAGAUGACAAUGAAAAGGAUAUAUUUCUUGAUGUUGCAUUCUUCUAUAAAGGGCAAGACAAAGAUUUUGUUAGAGAAAUACUAGAUAGUUGUUUCUUCUUUGACACUGGCAUAAGAAGUCUUCUAGAUAAGUCGCUCAUAACUAUUUCAAAAAAUAAGUUGUGCAUGCAUGAUUUGCUACAAGAAAUGGGUUGGGAAGUUGUUCGUCAAGAAUCUAUCAAAGACCUCGGCACACGCAGUAGGUUACUGGUUCAUGAUGAUGUUAAUCAUGUAUUAACAACAAAUACGGGGACUCAAGCAGUUGAAGGCAUAGUCCUUGACUUGUCAGCAUCUAAAGAGCUAAACCUCAAUGUUGAUGCCUUUGCAAAGAUGAACAGAUUAAGAUUGCUCAGAUUCUGUAAUUGUGAAUUUUUUGGAAGCUCUGAAUAUUUAUCUAGGAAAGAGUUAAUUGCUAGGGCUGAUGCUUGGAGAAGGAAAUACCAUGGGGACAAUGGUUGUAAAUUGCAUCUAUUUGGGAAUUUUAAAUUUCUCUCCAACAACUUAAGAUCUCUCCAUUGGCAUGGAUACCCUUUGAAGACCCUUCCAGCAAAUUUUUAUCCAGAGAAGCUUGUUGAGCUAAACAUGUGCUCUAGUCAGCUUGCACAAUUAUGGGAAGGAAACAAGCCAUUUGAGAAGUUGAAAUUCAUCAAACUUUGCCACUCUCAACUUCUAACCAAUACUCCAGACUUCUCUGGGACCCCAAAACUAAGGAGACUAAUCCUCAAAGGUUGUACAAGUUUGGUGAAAGUUCACCCAUCCAUUGGAGCUCUUAAGGAGCUUAUUUUCCUGAAUUUAGAAGGCUGCAAGAAGCUCAGUAGUUUCCCAAGCAGCAUCCAUAUGGAGUCUCUUCAAAUUCUUAUUCUCUCUGGCUGCUCAAAACUCAAGAAUUUUCCAGAGGUCCAAGGGCAAAUGGAAAAUUUAUCAGAGCUUUAUUUAGAUGGGACUGCUAUCAGAGGGCUACCUUCAUCAAUUGCACAUCUUAAUGGGCUUGUUUUGUUGGAUUUGACCAAUUGUAAACAACUUGCAAAUCUUCCACAAAGCAUUUGUGAGCUGACAUCUCUUCAGACUCUUACUCUCUCUGGUUGCAUCGAACUGAAGAAAUUGCCAGAUGACUUGGGGAGCCUACAAUGUUUAGUAGAGCUCAAUGCAAAUGGAACUGCUAUACAAGAGGUACCUCCCUGUAUUACUCUUUUGUCAAACCUUCGAGUAUUAUCAUUUGCAGGAUGUAAGGGAGGGGAUUCUAUGUCACGGAAUUUGGUUUUCUCUUUCUGGUCAUCACCAACAAAAUACUUGCGACUGCCUUCUUUGUUGGGUUUACACUCCUUGCAAAGUUUGAAUUUAAGUGACUGCAACCUCGUGGAAGGAGCACUGCCCAGUGACCUCGCAUCCCUAUCUUCAUUGAAAGAUUUAGAUCUGAGCAGAAACAGUUUGAUCAUUACCGUGCCUGAUAGCCUCAGUCAACUUUCUCAGCUCAAAAAGCUGAUACUGAAGCACUGCAAGAGUCUUCAAUCAUUGCCAGAGCUUCCAUCAAGUAUUGAAACUCUAGAGUGCAAUGAUUGCACGUCCCUGGAAACCUUCUCAUAUCCAUUAAGUGCAUAUGCAUUGAGGCAGUCAGGAGGGUUCACCUUUAAAUUUUCUAAUUGCUUGCGAAUGGUGGAGAAUGAGCACAGUGGCGUUCUGGAAGCUAUCGUACUGGGAAUUCAGCUUGUUGCAUCAAUACCGAAAUCCCUGCAUCCAAAUAAGCAUACCCCUUGUCCAGUUAAUCAGUAUGAUGCUAUUGUUCCUGGAAAUAGCAUUCCAGAGUGGUUCAUCCAUCAGAGCAUGGGCUCUUCAGUAACAGUCGAGCUGCCUCCACAUUGGUAUAAUACCAAUUUGAUGGGAUUGGCUGCUUGUGCUGUUGUAGACGACAGGGAAGAGUACUCGGGCAUUAUAUAUUUUUGUGUCGAAGAUGCUGGUGUGUAUAACACGAUUCACAUGCAUAUUUCAAUGAAAGCUGACCACAUGUGGUUUGCGUAUCGAUCAGUUGGCUGCCUAGAAGUUAGAAGCAAUGGUGAGUUCGGAAAGCAGAGCGGCACCAUGACAGUUUCAUUUCGUAUAUAUCGCAUGGGGGAGCACCUAGAGGUGAAAAAGUGUGGGGUUCGUCUGGUGUAUGAGGAAGACAAGAAAGAUGGGGAAUGCAGCUUCUCUUAUCCUUCUCCCACCACCAUGGGCACUCUCUUUGCCAAAUCCGACUUCCCCCUCCAUCUCUAUUCCUCCUAUUCCAAUCAAAAGUUUAAAGGUGGUUCGGGUUGAACAAGCUGGUUGGAGCUCUAUCAUUCUUCCCUAUUUGAGGUACAAAUGACAUUGGUGACAAGAUCGGGAUAAGAAAUGUGCUUCUUUUAGAAAUAGAUUUUGAGUUGAUUAUUUAGGAUACUUGCUUCAGUAUUGAUUUUUGAAAAAAACAAACAAACAAACAAAACAAAAACAAAUGUGUU